CUCGUUUUCAUUCUACCCAUGAUGACCCGCGCGCGUCCGCUUGGAGCGAGCCGCCAUGUUGUCGGUGUGAAAGCAAGGGAGCUGCUGCGAACCGGGGCUGAAAUCCGUCACCAUCCGCAUCCUCCACCUUCUCUGGUGGAAUGAGCGUAGCGUGUGUGUUGAAGAGGAAAGCUGUGCUCUGGCAGGAUUCGUUCAGCCCCCACCUGAGACUGCCUCCCCCUGACAGGCCAUUACCCAGCAUGCCUGUGGUGCUGAGUGCUGCGGGCCACACCCCCCAACCGGGCCCUUCUCCACAGGCCCCUCCCCCUACGCAGGGAGCCGGGCGCUCUCAAGAUGACGCCAUGGUGGACUACUUCUUCCAGCGGCAGCAUGGAGACCAGCCUGGCUACAACAAUUGCAAACACCGCUGGCCCACCGGUGACAACAUCCAUGCAGACAACCAGGUACGAUCAAUGGAUGAGCUCAACCAUGAUUUCCAAGCGCUUGCGCUGGAAGGCCGAGCAAUGGGAGAGCAGCUCCUUACUGGGAAGAAGUUCUGGGAAAUGGAUGAUUCGGGGAAAGAUGGACCAAAAGGGAUCUUUCUGGACCAGUGGAGGGAUAGUGCUUGGGGAGCCUCUGAUCAUUCAGUUUCCCAGCCGAUCAUGGUGCAGCGUCGACCAGGUCAGGGCUUCCACGGUGUUGGAGAAGCUGGAUCAGUGCUCUCGCCACGUUCUGAAAGCGGUGGAUUGGGAGUUUCCAUGGUGGAAUAUGUCCUAAGCUCCUCCCCUGCUGAGAAAAUGGAUUCUUGUCUGCGCAAAGGAGCGUUUGGCCCGAGAGAUCCUGAAACUGAUGACCCUGAGAAAAGGGUGGAACCAAUACCCAAAACAACGUUCGACCCUGAGAGGAAGGAACUGAAGGAGACAGAGGCAGAUGUUUUGGAUAACCCAAACGGACUGCCCAAUCAGAAUGGACUUGAUGUGGACGUUAAGGAUUUUAGUCGUAUUCCUGGUAACUGCCCUCCGACUGGUCCAGAGUUGGAGUUGGGUGGACCAGAAUUGGUUGGAGGUGCCGGGCCAAAACCACCAGAGGAGUUCUCAAAUGUUGAAACCCAAAAUGUGACCUUGGACCACAUGGAAUCUCUUUCCAUGGAGACUUUGCAGUUUGAGUACCCUGGAGGCCAGCUGCCUCUUGACUCCACAGCUGCUACUGUUGGCCUGUUUGACUACAACUCUCCUCAGCAGCAGCUGUUCCAGAGGCCCAGCGCUCUGACGGUACAGCAGCUCACUGCAGCCCAGCAGCAGUAUGCUCUCGCCGCGGCUCAACAACAACACAUCGGUUUGGCACAGGCUGCAUUCGUAUCGAACCCUUACAUCAUCAGCACGGCUCCGCCUGGGACUGACCCAUACGCUGCUGGACUUGCCGCUGCUGCCACCCUUGGUCCGGCGGUGAUGCCCCCUCAGUACUAUGGUGUGACUCCCUGGGGUGUGUACCCUGCCAAUCUAUUCCAGCAGCAGGCUGCCAACCCUUCCAACUCUGCCAACCAGCAGACAGCAGCACAGAAUCAGCAGAACCAACAACAGGUAAUGCGUGCAGGUGGAAAUCAACGACCUUUGACCCCCAGCCAAGGACAGCAGAAUCAGCAAACAGAGCAGCUUGUGGCUGCAGCAGCUGUGAACUCCGCAUUGGCUUUUGGGCAGGGUCUGGCAGCAGGGGUACCUGGUUACCCCAUGUUAGCUCCAGCUGCGUAUUAUGACCAGACAGGUGCGCUUGUGGUAAAUACAGGUGCUCGUGGUGGCCCUGUUCGACUUAUGGCCCCUGCAUCAGUUAUCAUCAGCCAAUCAGCAGCAGUUGCAGCUGCCGCUGCCUCAGCAGGUGGAGCUAAUGCAGGUCUUGGGGGCGGAGCAAGCGGGGCAUUCCGUGCGUUGGGUUCCCAGCAAGCUCCUGGGCUGCAGGGAAGCGGGGCUUUGGGCGGAAGCUCUUUUUAUGGGAGCGGCUCUCCGAGCUCUUCCUCGCAGAGCUCUUCGCUAUUUUCACAAGGCUCUGCCCAGCCAGGAAGCACUUCGCUUGGAUUUAAUGCAAACCCCUCUUCUUCUCUGGGAGCCACGCUUGGAGCAACACUCGGAGGUUUCGGUACAGCAGUGGCUAAUUCCAGUUCCAGUGGUUCACGUCGAGAUUCUCUGACAGGCAGCUCUGAUCUGUACAAGCGCACACCCAGUAGUCUCACCCCUAUCGGCCAUGGACCUUUCUACAAUGGCCUCAGCUUUAGCUCCUCCCCUGGCCCUGUUGGCAUGCCACUUCCUAACCAAGGCCCCUCCCACUCUCUGACCCCACCUCCUUCGCUCUCAACACAUGGAUCUUCAAGCAGUUUGAACCUUGGUGGACUAACCAAUGGUAGUGGACGUUUCAUCUCGGCAGCUCCAGGAGCAGAGGCGAAGUACCGCAGUGCCACCACCGGCUCGUCUCUCUUCAGUCCCAGCAGCCAGCUCUUCCCGUCGUCACGGCUACGCUACGGUAUUUCCGAUGUGAUGCCGUCAGGACGCAGCCGUCUACUCGAGGACUUCAGGAAUAACCGCUACCCCAACCUGCAGCUGAGAGAGAUCGCAGGACAUGUCAUGGAGUUCUCUCAGGAUCAGCAUGGCUCCAGGUUUAUUCAACUAAAAUUAGAGAGAGCAAGUCCUGCAGAACGCCAGUUGGUCUUCAAUGAGAUUUUACAGGCAGCGUACCAGCUCAUGGUUGACGUGUUUGGAAAUUACGUCAUCCAGAAGUUCUUUGAGUUUGGCAGUCUGGAUCAGAAGUUGGCGCUGGCUGAGAGGAUCCGAGGUCAUGUUUUAUCUCUGGCCCUGCAGAUGUAUGGCUGCAGAGUGAUCCAGAAAGCUCUGGAGUUCAUCCCUUCGGACCAACAAGUUAUUAAUGAGAUGGUUCGGGAGCUUGAUGGACAUGUGUUAAAGUGUGUAAAGGAUCAAAAUGGCAACCAUGUGGUGCAGAAGUGUAUUGAGUGUGUCCAGCCUCACGCUCUUCAGUUCAUCAUUGAUGCCUUCAAGGGACAGGUGUUUGCUCUGUCCACACACCCAUAUGGUUGUCGAGUGAUCCAGCGUAUUCUGGAGCACUGCCUGCCGGAGCAGACCCUACCCAUACUGGAGGAGAUACAUCAACAUACCGAGCAGCUGGUCCAGGUAAUUUAUGAAGAAGUCUUUUUCUUUAAUAACCCAGGAAUAAUCUUAUCUAUUCCUCCCAUCAAAACCCGUUCCCUCACCAUGCAGGAUCAGUAUGGAAAUUACGUAAUCCAGCACGUGUUGGAGCAUGGCCGUGCAGAAGACAAGAGCAAGAUCGUCGCCGAAAUCAGAGGAAACGUUUUGGGGCUCAGUCAGCAUAAGUUUGCCAGUAAUGUUGUGGAGAAGUGCGUGACCCACUCCUUGCGUGCGGAGCGUGCGAUGCUGAUCGAUGAGGUAUGCAGUAUGGCGGACGGGCCGCACAGUGCCUUAUACACCAUGAUGAAGGACCAGUACGCCAACUACGUUGUGCAGAAAAUGAUCGAUGUUGCAGAGCCUACGCAACGCAAGAUUGUAAUGCACAAGAUCCGGCCCCAUAUUGCGACGCUGAGGAAGUACACGUACGGAAAGCACAUUUUGGCCAAACUGGAGAAGUACUACAUGAAGAAUGGCGUUGACCUCGGCCCGAUCUGUGCUCCCCCUAACGGCAUCUUGUAAACCUUUCCCAUAACUAGGAUGCCUGUGUCUGUGUGUUCUUGUGUGUGUUUCUACACCCAACAUUAGGGAGGUUGGGUCAGAUUCGCUGAAACCCUCCCAUCAUUGCUGAAUCAUCGCGACCCUCUUUUCCCCUCCCCGUUUAUAUCUUUUUUUGUUUUUCGUUCUACUACCUAAAUGAGUGUCCUUUUCGGGUCCUGUAUGUAUGUAAUGAGAGAAUAUUUGAUUUAUCCCACUUUCGAAAUGUAGGCUUGCGCAAACACACUUUAUUGCUCUGCAACUCCUUUCUAACGUGCAUAUUCUUUCAUAACACACACACAUUAUUGCUAACACUUGAUUGCUAACACGCAGACAUUAAGCAUGGGAGACGUUUUUGGUCUUGCUUCUAUAAACUAUUUAGUGCAUACUUGAUGUAGACCUUUGCAUAUAUAUAAAUAUAUAUAUAUAUAUAUAUAAACUUUGUAGUUUUUCUGGUUUUUGAUGUCCAAUCUGUAUCUAUAAUCUUCCCCAGUAGUGAAUACAUACUUCUGAUUGUAUAAUUGUACAUUUGUAAACCUUCGCUAAUGUAAAUGUGGACUUGCUUCUACAGCCCUUUUUUGGUAUGAGAAGAAAAAAAGACGAUGGAAAAAAAUCUUGUGCAUUUCAGUGUAAAUUCUCACCUUUUUGGUUGUGGUUUCAGAGUUAUGAGUUGUUAUAUAUUGUAAAUUGUAAUAUGAAAUUUUUUGUUGGUUUUGAAGCCCUUUGGAUUAUUACUGCAUAGAUGUACAAAGAACAGAGAAAAUGCGCACUGCUUUUAGCCACUCACCAGCCACCUCUUUUUCACUUCCACUCAUUUCUUUUUUAAGGUCUUUUAUAGUCCCUCCCUCGCUCCAGGGCAGGUAGCAUCGAGCGCGUUUGUGUGUAUGUGUUUGACGCGUUAGACUGCCCUGGGUCAGAGUUAGAGGUGUGUACAGAUUUGCCAUUCUUUUGUCUACUUGUAAGUGAUUGUAACAUACUGGCCAUUGGUUUUUGAUUUGGACACUCUCCGGUGUAUAUUUAAACAGCCUUGUGUAUAUUUCCUAUGAUUCUCUUUAUGCAGGCACACUUGUAACCAUAAUGUGUAUAGGUAACAGAUUCUGUGUGUGCUUUCUGCCUGGGCAACUAUUUUUUGUAACUCCAGUUGUAGAUUGUCUCUAAACAAUGUGUGAUCUUUAUUUUGAAACAAAACAAUGAAAAAACUUCAAAAUU